AUGUCUGCUAAAAGGGUUUUGACUCUUGUUGAUGAGUUGGCCACUUCUUCUAGGCUAAGUGCGAAGGAAAAGGAAGCUAUUGUUGAUGUACAGGAUGAUUUCCUGAAAACUAACGCUGAUGAUGAUUUUCAACUGAUCGUAAAACAUCACCCGCCGCAGCAAAAUUCAUCACAACCUUCAAGUUCACCUCCCGCGGCCACUGUUAAUCAUUUUGCGUUGUUGGAAACUAUUCAAGAGGAAGAAAAUGAAACUCCAGACGCAGAUGACGAUGAUAAUGUUGAGGAAAUUUUAGCUGAAAAACCCGCACAAACCGAAAGUAAUACGUUGGAAGAGGAGCGCCAAGCCCUGUUACGACUUGGUGAUGAUGUUCCACUAAGACUUGGGAAAUUUUCUGAUGAUGCGGAAGUGGGAACAAAGUCUGGUAUCCUGGAUGAAAUCGAUGGUGGUCAUGGAUGUUGGUCUGAAAGUGAUGUUGGCUGCAUUCCGGAAGAAGAAACGGUGCAAGGGGAUGUUUCAGAAUCUCGAAAGCGACAUCUUAGGACCAAAGCUGAGAUGGCUGAGUUGGGAAAAGGGGUGAUCCUUCGGCGUCAAGCGUCUCAACGGCAUUUGAAGGUGUUGAUUAAAAUUAUUAAGGUUGAGCUUGUCUUUAUCAUGGAACCUAUGCUUUUGGAACAUCAGAUUAAGGUGAUUAAGAGAGAGUUAGGGUUUGAUCUUGCUUUCUCCUCGAUCACUAGUAAGAUUUGGGUUUUUUGCAAGGCUGGAUUCUCCCUAUGUUUGCUAGAAAAUACUGAGCAAUUUAUUCAUUUUGAGGAUACUCACAUCUCAGUUCCAACUAAGUUUUUGCUUUCAGCGGUGUAUGCAAAAUCAAAACAAAAGGGAAGGCAUGCUCUAUGGCAAAAUAUGGCUACUUUUAGCAAGGUCUAUCCAACUGAACCUUGGUUGAUUGGAGGGGACUUUAAUGUCAUUAGAACCUUGGAAGUGUUCUCAGGACAUUCUGUUCAAGAUCUCCAAGCGAUGGCUGAUUUUAAUGAAUGUAUCCAAGAAUAUGCGCCAUUGAAAAUUCGAGCAAUUGGUGAGGAAUUUACUUGGGGAGGAUCAUCAUUGGAAAAUUUGAGUAGAACCACCUCUGAUCAUUGUCCAAUGCUGUAUUUGUUUAAUUUUCCAAUUGCAACUAAACCGAGGGUUUUUCGUUUCCAGAAGAUGUGGUUGAGAAGGGCUUAUUUCAUGGCUUUGGUUCAAGAGGAUUGGAAAUCACCUAUGGAGCUUUCUGGAAUGCUUGGUUUCUCUUUAAAACUAAAACAUUUGAAGGCUAGAGUGUUGGCAAACCCGGCUGAGAUUGAACAAGAAGCUAUAAAUUUCUUUCAUGCUCUCCUAAAUGAAGAAGAUGUUGAUCCGUAUUGUGAGGAAAAACAAGUUGUUUUCCUUGAUUCGAAAAGGAAAACCUCUUGGAAUCGUGUCUCCAAGAUAGAGGCGCGAGGAGUGGUGCAUACCAAGGUGCUCAUUCGGCGAGGAAAUUCCUCUUUUUGGUUUGAUAGUUGGUCUUCUUUUGGAGCCCUUUGGGAUGUUGAAGGGUCGCAUCCCCCUUUUCCGAAUCUAGUAUGUUUGUUGUGUAAGAAUGGAGGUGAUGGCAUUGGUUAUUGCUUUUAUGGAUGUCAAUUCGCCAAGCAAAUAUGGAAUCAUUUUUCAGUUAUGCUUAAUAUUAACAUCAAUGGAGUCCUCUCAAUAGCUUCCAUAGUUGGCUGGUGGUGGAAUGGAGGAGAUUUCAAAACGGCUUUUGGGAUGCUGCGUAAGUUGCUGCCUUCCUUGAUUCUUUGGGAAAUUUGGAAGUGUCGAAACAAGGCAAUCUUUGAAGCAGUUCAUCCGAAUGUCACUAGGGUUAUCAAUGCUAUGAAGGACCAGGUGCGUUGUUUGAUGAUACUCCAUGAUCUGAAACUUAGGAGUGAAAGAGAGAAAAUGUUUUUCUCAAAUGAGUUUCAAGUGGAGUUCCGGAAAUACAUGUGGACUAGGGUUUUUCGGGUUGCUUGGAACCGUCCACCCGCUAAUUGCUUUGUUCUCAACUCGGAUGGUUCUUCAUGCUUGACUGGAGCUGGCUAUGGCUUUGUUAUUAGAGGGCAAGGGGGCUCUUUUUUAGUCGGUGAAUGUCGUUACUUAGGAAAGGGUGAUAGUUUUCUUGCUGAGAUUCUUGGUGUAUUGUUUGGAUUGCGAAAAUGUGAGCAGCUCCAUCUUCAAAAUGUUGAAGUCCAGACUGAUAAUAAGGUUUUAUCUGAGGCCUUUAUUGGAGGUGUGGGUUUUCCAUGGAAAUAUCUUUCGCACAUGCAGGAGAUGCAGUCAUUACUGCAAUGA